AAGGUGUGGCUCAAGCUCAACAUGGCUGCUGUAUACAAGAGAUUUUUGUCACAGCUCCAUCCUCCUCCUCUUAGAAAGAGACUAUUACCUGAUGGAUCGUUAUCAGGUAAGACAGCUCUAGUGACUGGUGGAGGGACAGGACUGGGUAAAGGAAUAGCUCAAAUGAUGGCAGAAUUAGGAGCUGGAGUGGGCAUUGCUAGCAGGAAAAUGGAGGUUGUACAAAAAGCAGCUGAAGAGAUGAGCGACAAGACUUCCUCUAAGGUCGUACCAUUUCAAUUAGACGUACGUGAUCCAGUGGCUGUCAGUAGAGUAGCUGAUGAAUUCACUGAGAGUAUGGGUGGUCUCCCUGAUAUUAUAAUCAACAAUGCUGCUGGGAACUUUAUAUCACCCACAGAGAGACUGAGUCCCAAUGCAUUCCGUACUAUUGUGGAUAUAGUACUGAUGGGUACUGCUCAUGUAUCACUGGAAUUUGGGAAAAGAUUGAUCGCCGCAAAGAAAG